AUGUUUCUCAGAGUUUUUUACCUUUGUCUUUCUCUGGCAUUGUUUGUCUUUCCAGUAGCGUUGGCAAAUGAGCAUGCAAAGUGCUAUUGUGUUGUAAACUCAAUAGCCAAUAAAUGUCUUACGGCAAAGGCUUGCGAUAUCUACCGGCGGACAAUGACAAUCUUUGAAGAAGAUGAUCCGCAAAAUGUCAACACCACAAUGAUUUUCCAGGUCUGUGCAACUAUUGCACCCAAAGAUGGUGGCAGAAUGCGAUAUGUCUCAGGGUUUGGUGGCAAGGAGUUCAAGAAUGCCUGCGAUCAGGCCAAGUCUGUUGGUGGUUGCGAAGAGUCAAACGGAGAUGUUGGUUCAGAGUGCGACUAA